CAGAACUGCUGUAAGUUUAGAGUGGGUCACACUGUGCAAAGGAUACCAGGGAAUUAGGCAGGUGGAAACAUGUCUGGAAAACCCAAGCUGCACUACUUCAAUGGACGUGGCCGCAUGGAAACAAUUCGGUGGCUCCUGGCAGCAGCUGGGGUUGAGUUUGAAGAAUCUUACCUGGAAAAAAAGGAGGAUCUGACAAAGUUACAGAAGGAUGGAUCCCUGCUCUUUCAGCAAGUGCCGAUGGUAGAGAUAGACGGGAUGAAGCUAGUGCAGACAAGAGCCAUUGCCAACUACAUAUCAACCAAGUACAACCUCUACGGGAAGGACGUGAAGGAGAGAGCCCUAAUCGAUAUGUACGUGGAAGGAAUGUUCGAUCUAAAUGAGUUACUCAUGACAUAUGAAAUCCAACCAGCAGACAAAAAGGAGCAGCAUUUUGCAAAUAUGAUGGACAAGGCUGAAAACAGAUACUUCCCAGUCUUUGAGAAGGUUUUGAAAGACCAUGGAAAAGACUUUCUGGUUGGCAACCAGCUGAGCAGGGCAGAUAUUCAAUUACUUGAAGUCAUUUUGAUGGUAGAGGAGUGGAAGCCUGAUAUCUUUGCCAAAUUUCCUCUCUUGCAGAGUUUCAAAGCAAGACUAAGCAAUAUCCCCACAAUAAAGAAAUUCCUGCAGCCUGGCAGCCAGAGGAAGCCGCCAUCAGAUGACGAUGUUGUAGACAAAGUGAUGAAAAUUUUCUACUCCUGAGCAGCACCCUAAAGCCACAGAAACUCUGUUUCAUUGUAUUUGCAGAUAGUAGGAAGGUGAAAUUAAUGAAAAGAAUGGAAAUGUCAAAUUAUUGGAACAAGUGCAAAAAUGGUUUUGAUCUUUCCUUAGCAACAGGGUUGGUUUUAGCCUACUGCAGACACUUCAGUGUUAAACUACAUGAGUGUACCAGCAAACGAAACAGUUCACUAAAUAGGGGGUAUAUUGGACAACAUAGAAUGCCUUAGAUAAGUAAAAAACUACCUGAAAUAAAUUCUUACACUUGAUACUCAAAACCUGGCUGUUCAUUGAUUUCUUGCUGCAACUUCUAGGCCUAAGAUCUGUCUGGUUUUGUUUUUCUGCCAUUCGCAAGACUCGUUGCAAAAUUAGGAGAGAUUAUCCCAAAUAGGAGGCCAUGGUUUUUUUUUUCCCUAGGAAAUUCGUAGAAAAGCCUGCAUGUUCUGGCUAGCUGAGGCUGAAAGUUUGGAUUCAGCUUUCCUCUGAGCUUAACUUGGAAUAUCCUUGGACCAGAGCUCCUAGUGUACCUCUGCUUUGGCACUAGACACUUGAAGUCUUGUGAUGCAGCUUCAGCAAUGUUUCCUUUAUCAGAAGGUCUGUUGCAGCAGCUAAAAGCCCUUUGUAGACUCUGAGAAACAAAUGCUGGUCACCAGCUUAAAACUUGUUAAGGAAAGAUUCAGGAUGGUGUCAGGUCUUAACGAGACCCUGGAAUGCAGGAAUCCAUAUUGACUUAUGUCACUGUAUAUUAAACCAAGUUUAAUACAAGUUGUACUGGAGUUGUUCAUUUAAAUUACUUAAAGCAAGCCCCACUACUGAGGUUAGGAAGACUUUUGAUAAACUUG